CCUUUAUAUUAAAAGGCUGGGAAGUUAGGGGAAAGUCACGCCUCUCUGUUCUUCGUCCGUUUCAUCCCUUCGACCCCUGCAGCGCUGAUUCUUCCUCCUCGUCGUUGCGUCAGGCCGGUAACCCGAGCAGCCAACCGGCGAGUCCUGUCGCAGAGGAGCAGCGCCGGGGAGUCUAGCAGCGGCGAGGAGUUCCGACGGGUCCAGCGGCGGCGAAGGGAGUUGCAGCGGCGAGUUUCCCCUUCCUCCGAUUCGAGUUUUCUUCGUCGAUUUCGUGGUGAUUUGUUGCCUAAAUAUCUAUAGUUAGCGUUAACUCGUAGAUUAGCAUCUUGUUUGUGUUAAUCUUUCAAUUGAUUGUGGAAUUUUGGUUGAUUUGGUGUUGAAUUGCUUGGGGUUACGAUUUGGGGCUGUUUUUCCGGCGAAUCUCCGGCGGUUGGCCGACGGUGGCUGCGCCCAGUACAGUGGACAGAUUUGGCGGGUCAGUUUUGGACCCAAUUGGUCCAAUUUGGAUCUAAUUGGUUCAAUUGGGUCAAUUCGGGUCCAAUUGGGUUGCUUCUUGUGCAAACGGGUUGGUCUGGGGUCCAAUUGGUUCAAUUGGGUAAAUUUUGGGUUCCAUUUGGGGUGCUUGGGUUGAUUGGGCUAUUCGGGUCGGUCAUUGGGCUGCCCGGACUUACCGUUUGGGCCGAUUGGGCGGUUUGGGCCGGUUGUCCGAAGGGGCAGUGGGGCUGCCGGGCAGUGGGCAGCCGCUUGGAAGGUGUGGGUUGUUGAUUUUUGGGCCAUCGGGUCGGUUUGGCGGGUUGUCGGGCUGAUCCGUUGGUAAUUGAUACUGUUCUGGCAGGUGCAGCGGGCCUGAGGAUAAGUCCUUAGUCCCGAGUUCGCGACACAGGUAAGUUAUUUUAAUAUUGUUGGGUUUAAUCUUGUUGUUUGAGCAUGACGGUAAUCGGUGAGAAGUGAUUCUUCCGAUAGGCCACUGAGUAUGUUGUUCUGUUUAUGGAAAUGUUCAAGUGAUUGUUAUCACUUGAGAACUCUAUUGAAAAUUGGCCACCUAGUAUACCUAGGCGGAUCUGAACUGAAUUGGAUAGUUUAAUCACCAAUAGGACUGUUGUUAGGUUCGGGCCUUGUGGAGCAUGUUUGCAUAUCCAGUGGUCCAGGGUUCAAAACGUACGUACGGGAGUCAUUGUUCUACCUAAGGGAUUUCUUGGUAGAGACUCCAACCCGCCCAUUGAGGAUUCUCUUUGGGUUUGUCCGAGCAUCGGCCUCGAGGGAUCCGCUCGAGUGUCCGUAACUCUAGUCUGUUGAAUCUAGCCGUAUGGUUGUAGGGACAGAAAUAGUCCUUUGGGAAUAAAAGAAUUGGAACUGUUGGAUCCUUGUAUCUGAAAAUAAAUGUUGGUUGUUCACUGAUAUUGCUGAUUAUAUAAAUGUAAUACUAUCUGUGAAAUUAAUUCUAGCGUUAGAUAUUUCUCUCACUCAGCUUAUCGAUGAGCGUGUAGUUUGUUCCGUCUUUCUACACGUAGGUAGUAACAAGUUAUCCUGGAGAGCACAUAGAUGGAGGAGAUGUACGGGUGCAGGACUCAAACCGUUAACAGAUAUGGUGGUUGUAAUGUAACUCAUUUUCUGAUAAUGAUCUAUUAAAGAUGUUUAUUUAAAAUAACAGUUUUGCUUCCGCGCUAUUUUGAAUUAACUCCGAUAAACGUUUAAGUUUUAAUUGAAAUAAGAUUUGAGGAGAUGGACAGACAGCUCAAAUGUCCGUUAGCAGACGCGUCUAGUACAUUUGAACUGCUCUCAAAAGCCUUAAUUAAUGGGUCUUGCCAUUCUAGUCUAGGGCAAACUGGGAUUGGGAGAGGAACCACUCCACUGCUUGAGGUGGAUUCAAGACAGCAUGACCCUGAAUUUUUAAUCCGAUGUUGUGAGUGGCGACACAUCACGAGCAGAGGUGAUGAUGGAGGAACAUCUAUGGCCAUCCUCAUGCGACACACAUAUUCUGGAGCAAGAAUUAAACUGAAGAAAGGGCAGAUCGAGAAACAUCCCAUAUUCUUCUCAAAAACAGCAAAGGUGCAGCAGCGAGCAGAGGUCGCAGAGAAUAGAGGGAGUGACUACCGUGACCACCUAGAGCUGAACCAGUGCGGAUCUAACUCCAAAAUCCAGUAACUUUAGUGUCAACUAAAGUCAACCUAGCUGUGAAUCUAAUGUCAAAAGAGAUAUAUAGCUAGCUUGCGUGCUUGCUCGAAGGAAGAAUUGGUUGGACACAAUUGAGCAGAAAUAAAGAGAAAUAGUGGGACUAUUUGUUUCAAGUGUUGGUGCUACCAUUUCUCUAUUGCCCAAGUCAUUGUUUUCUUACUCCAUGGUAGUUCUAUAUUAACCCUUAUGUAUAAGGAGAACUUCCUCCCUAUAAACAUGCACUGUAAAUAGUGUGGCUUAUGCAAUUCAAGACACAUCACAGCUGCUUUGCAAACAGAAAUAAGAUGCAGAGUAUUGC